AUGUUUCAGGGAUCGAAAGGGAAAACAAUGAAAUGGGGAACAUUGCUUAAGGACUUAAGAGAGAAGGUCGGUCUCACUCAAUCGCCGUCGUCUUCUUUUUCUGCUUCUGCCACUGCUUCUUCUUCUUCUUCGUCGUCGGCGGCGGCUCUCUCUUCCAAUAACAAUGCUAAUUCAGCUCUUCACGGCUCGUAUUCUCCUUCAAGGAGUGGUUUAGAGUAUAGCCUCUGGUUGCAUUGCCUUGGCUAUUGUUAUAUUGAUGUCAUUUUCAUCACAUUCAUGGCACUAUGUUGGGAAGUCCUAAGUCAUUAUAGAGACAAACAUGAAUUGGAAUUGGACUUCAAGAGAUUUUGGGAAGAGUUCCGGUCAUCCAGCUCUGAAAAGGAGAAAGAAGCGGCCUUGAAUUUAACUGUAGAUGUUUUUUGUAGAUUAGUAAAGCAGCAUGCAAAUGUAACUCAAUUAGUUACCAUGUUAGUUGAAACACAUAUAUUCUCAUUUGUCCUUGGAAGAGCAUUUGUAACAGAUAUUGAGAAGCUAAAAAUUAGCAGCAGAACAAGAUAUUUGGAUGUAGAAAAAGUACUGAAGUUUUUUUCAGAAGUCACAAAGGAUGACAUCAGUCCUGGUUCAAAUUUGUUAACUGCUUUACAAGUCCUUGCUUCUGGGCCUAUUGAUAAGCAAUCUCUCCUGGAUUCGGGGAUAUUGUGCUGUCUCAUUCAUAUUCUCAAUGCCCUUCUGAAUCCUGAUGAAGCCAAUCAAAAUCAAAGGGCUACUGAUCGUGAAGAACCAAAUUUAGCUGAGAAAAAAUAUGAUGGUGAUGCCAGUCAAGUCCGUCGGCUUGAGGUAGAGGGGAGUGUUGUGCAUAUUAUGAAAGCACUGGCAAACCAUCCUUUGGCAGCACAAAGUUUGAUUGAGGACGAUUCACUUCAGUUGCUCUUUCAGAUGGUUGCGAAUGGCUCUUUGACAGUCUUCUCUCGAUAUAAGGAGGGCCUGGUUCUGGUGCACAUCAUACAGCUUCAUAGACAUGCUAUGCAGAUUCUUGGUCUUCUUUUGGUCAAUGACAAUGGGAGCACAGCAAAAUAUAUUCGCAAACAUCAUCUGAUAAAAGUUCUUUUAAUGGCCGUUAAAGAUUUCAAUCCUGAUUGUGGUGAUUCUACAUACACUAUGGGCAUUGUGGAUUUGUUGCUUGAAUGUGUGGAAUUGUCAUAUAGGCCUGAGGCUGGUGGUGUCAGGCUUAGGGAGGAUAUACAUAAUGCCCAUGGUUAUCAGUUCCUCGUUCAGUUUGCUUUAAAACUUUCCUCGAUUGCUAAGAGUCAGGGGUUCCAUUCUGUUCAAUUUAGAUCUUCAGACCAAAAUUCUGCUUCAGCUGGUUCCCAUGCACUGGAUGCUGUAGACAUGCAGGAUGCCAUGGGAGAAAAGGACCCCUUAACGCAACAACUUUCUCCCACUCUGUCUCGAUUGCUUGAUGUUCUUGUUAAUCUAGCGCAAACUGGCCCAACUGAAUCUCCAGGAUAUUCUGGCAAAGGUUCGAAAUCUUCUCAUACCAGGUCUAGUGGCCAUAGCAGAAGUCGUACACCAUCUUCAGACAGAUUGGCUGAUGAAGUUUGGGAAAAGGACAAUCAUAAAGUUAAAGACCUUGAAGCAGUUCAGAUGUUGCAGGACAUUUUCCUCAAAGCAGAUAACAGGGAGUUGCAAGCAGAAGUUCUAAACAGAAUGUUCAAAAUAUUUUCAAGUCAUCUUGAAAACUACAAGUUGUGCCAGCAGUUACGGACUGUUCCACUUUUCAUCCUAAAUAUGGCCGGUUUUCCUCCAUCUUUGCAAGACAUACUUUUAAAAAUUCUCGAGUAUGCUGUGACUGUUGUGAAUUGCGUUCCGGAGCAAGAAUUACUUUCACUUUGUUGCUUGUUGCAGCAACCAAUAUCAUCAGAAUUAAAGCACACCAUACUUUCUUUCUUUGUUAAACUUUUAUCCUUUGACCAGCAGUACAAAAAGGUCCUCCGAGAAGUUGGUGUCCUGGAAGUUUUGUUGGAUGAGCUGAAGCAGCACAAGUUACUUUUGGGUUCAGACCAUCAAAGUGGAAAUUCUAAUCAGUUGGAGAGAAAGUCCAGCUCAAGCAGCUUUAAAAAGCACUUGGACAAUAAGGAUGUCAUUAUUUCAUCACCCAGACUUGUGGAAUCUGGUUCAGGGAAGCUUCCUAUAUUUGAAGUUGAUGGUACAGUUGCUAUUGCGUGGGAUUGUAUGGUCUCAUUAUUAAAGAAAGCGGAAACUAAUCAGUCGUCUUUCCGUUUGGCUAAUGGUGUAACUGUGGUUCUCCCUUUUCUUGUGUCUGAUAUACACCGUUCAGGGGUGCUUAGGGUGCUGUCAUGUUUGAUCAUUGAAGAUAGUACCCAGGCACAUCCUGAAGAAUUAGGUGUGAUUGUUGAAAUUCUAAAAAGUGAAAUGGUGACCAGUGUUUCGGGAUCUCAAUACAGGCUUCAAAGUGAUGCAAAAUGUGACACUAUGGGGGCCUUGUGGCGUAUUCUGGGAGUUAAUAACUCAGCUCAGAGAGUGUUUGGUGAAGCCACUGGGUUUUCUCUUCUGCUUACCACACUCCAUAGUUUCCAAAGUGAUGGAGAGCAUUCAGAUCGAUCUUCUUUAGUGGUCUACAUUAAGGUGUUUACUUAUUUGUUGCGUGUUGUGACUGCUGGAGUGUGUGAUAAUGCUGUUAAUAGGACAAAGUUGCACACAAUUAUAUCAUCCCAAACUUUCUAUGAUCUUCUAUUGGAGUCUGGCUUACUUAGUGUGGACUGUGAAAAGCAAGUCAUACAAUUAUUGUUUGAACUAGCUCUUGAAAUCGUGCUUCCACCAUUCUUGACAUCAGAAAGUAUUACAUCCUCUGAUGUUCUUGAUAAUGAGUCAUCAAGUUUUUCAAUAAUGACUACAUCAGGUUCAUUUCACCCUGACAAGGAACGAGUGUUCAAUGCUGGUGCUGUUAGAGUUCUUAUUCGUUCAUUACUGCUCUUUACUCCAAAGAUGCAGCUUGAAGUGCUGAGCCUUAUUGGAAGGCUUGCUCGUUCUGGCCCCUUCAAUCAGGAAAACCUCACCUCUGUAGGUUGCAUAGAACUGCUGUUGGAAACCAUUCAACCCUUUCUUUUGAGCUCAUCCCCAAUACUUAAAUAUGCUCUGGAGAUUGUGGAAGUUCUUGGGGCAUACAGGUUAUCUGCGUCAGAACUUCGAAUGCUUAUUCGUUAUGUGUUGCAAAUGAGGCUGAUGAAGUCAGGUUGUAUACUUGUUGACAUGAUGGAAAGGUUAAUUCUCAUGGAGGAUUCAGAAAAUAUUUCUCUGGCACCAUUUGUAGCAAUGGACAUGAGCAAGAUGGGUCACGCUUCAAUUCAGGUCUCUCUGGGAGAAAGAUCAUGGCCUCCAGCUGCUGGUUACUCAUUUGUCUGCUGGUUUCAGUUUCGAAAUCUCUUGAAGUUGCCGGUUAAAGAACCAGAGUCCAAAGCUGGUCCUUCUAAGAGGCGGAGCAGUUCUGCUGGGCAACAUCACGAGCGGCAUGUUCUACGGAUAUUUUCUGUUGGUGCAGCAAAUGAUGAAAAUACAUUCUAUGCAGAACUUUAUCUUCAUGAGGAUGGUGUUCUAACCCUUGCAACCAGCAACUCUUGUUCCUUAUCAUUUUCAGGAUUAGAACUUGAGGAAGGCAGGUGGCAUCACCUUGCAGUUGUACAUAGCAAACCAAAUGCUCUUGCUGGACUGUUCCAAGCCAGUGUUGCUUAUGUGUAUCUUGAUGGAAAGCUGAGACACACUGGGAAACUAGGAUAUUCUCCAUCUCCGGUUGGAAAACCUUUGCAGGUAACAGUGGGGACCCCGGUUACUUGUGCAAGAGUUAGUGACUUGACCUGGAAGGUCCGUUACCUUUUUGAGGAGGUGCUCACCUCAGGUUGUAUUUGUUUCAUGUACAUUCUUGGUCGAGGGUAUCGAGGGCUCUUCCAAGACACAGAUCUUCUUCGCUUUGUCCCGAACACGGCAUGCGGCGGCGGUAGCAUGGCUAUCUUAGAUACAUUAGAUGCAGACUUGACCUUGGCUUCUCAUACACAGAAAAUUGACGUAGCUAGUAAGCAAGGAGAUUCCAAGGCAGAUGGCAGUGGAAUUGUUUGGGAUUUGGAGAGACUAGGUAAUCUCUCUUUACAGCUCUCUGGAAAGAAGCUUAUAUUUGCAUUUGAUGGAACCUGUGCAGAAGCUAUUCGAGCAUCAGGGGAUUUAUACAUGCUCAAUUUAGUUGAUCCAAUGUCAGCCGCUGCUUCUCCUAUUGGGGGUAUACCCCGUUUUGGGCGUCUUCAUGGGGAUAUUUACCUAUGUAGGCAAUGUGUAAUUGGUGAUACUAUUUGCCCAGUUGGUGGGAUGACAGUUAUCCUGGCCUUAGUUGAGGCUGCUGAGACUAGGGACAUGCUGCACAUGGCCCUUACUUUACUGGCUUGUGCUCUUCAUCAGAAUCCUCAGAAUGUGAGAGACAUGCAGAAAUGCCGGGGAUACCAUUUAUUGGCUCUGUUUUUGCGUCGGCGAAUGUCACUAUUUGACAUGCAAUCUCUUGAGAUAUUUUUCCAGAUUGCUGCCUGUGAAGCAUCUUUUUCGGAACCAAGGAAGUUGAAAUAUAAUCGUACUAAUUUGUUGCCAGCUACAACUAUGCAGGAAACCAGUUUUGAGGAACUUCAUUUGUCCAGGUUCCGUGAAGAAUUUUCUUCAGCUGGAUCUCAAGGAGACAUGGAUGAUUUUUCUGCACAAAAAGAUUCAUUCAGUCAUAUUUCGGAGCUUGAAAGUGCUGAUAUGCCGGCUGAAACCUCAAAUUGCAUCGUCUUGUCAAAUGAAGACAUGGUUGAACAUGUCCUGUUGGAUUGGACAUUGUGGGUGACGGCUCCGGUUUCAAUUCAAAUUGCACUCCUUGGUUUUCUAGAGCAUCUAGUGUCCAUGCACUGGUACAGAAAUCAUAACCUUACUGUUCUGCGCCGAAUAAACCUUGUUCAACAUUUACUAGUUACUCUACAGCGGGGUGAUGUUGAAGUUCCUGUUUUGGAGAAAUUAGUUGUAUUGCUUGGUGUCAUUUUAGAAGAUGGGUUUCUGUCAUCUGAACUAGAACAUGUGGUUAGGUUUGUGAUUAUGACAUUUGAUCCACCUGAACUGACACCCCGACAUCCAAUAACGCGCGAGGCCAUGGGAAAGCAUGUAAUUGUGAGAAACAUGCUGCUUGAGAUGCUUAUUGAUCUGCAAGUAACUAUUAAAUCAGAAGAUUUGCUUGAGCAGUGGCAUAAGAUUGUUUCGUCUAAAUUGAUUACGUAUUUUCUAGACGAAUCUGUUCACCCAACAAGUAUGAGAUGGAUCAUGACUCUUCUUGGUGUCUGUCUUACUUCAUCGCCGACAUUUGCAUUAAAAUUUCGCACCAGUGGAGGUUACCAAGGCUUGGCCCGGGUGCUUCCAAGUUUCUAUGAUUCCCCAGACAUAUAUUAUAUUUUGUUCUGUCUGAUAUUUGGCAGGUCUGUCUAUCCUAGAUUGCCGGAAGUUCGCAUGCUAGACUUUCAUGCCCUUAUGCCAAAUGAUGGAAGUUAUGUGGAACUGAAAUUUGUAGAAUUGUUGGAAUCUGUUAUUACUAUGGCAAAAUCUACGUUUGACAGGUUGAGCAUUCAGUCAAUGCUUGCUCACCAAUCUGGUAAUCUUUCCCAGGUUGGUGCUGGCCUUGUGGCAGAACUUGUGAAUGGAAAUGCAGACAUGGCUGGCGAGCUUCAAGGUGAAGCAUUGAUGCAUAAAACAUAUGCCGCCCGCUUAAUGGGUGGGGAGGCAUCAGCCCCUUUUGCUGCUACUUCAGUCUUGAGAUUUAUGGUUGAUUUGGCAAAAAUGUGCCCCCCUUUCACUUCUGUUUGCAAACGAGCAGAAUUUCUUGAAACCUGCAUUGACCUAUAUUUUUCUUGUGUCAGAGCUGCCCAUGCUGUAAAGAUGGCAAAGGAACUCUCUGUAAAGACAGAAGAGAAGAACUUGAAUGAUUGUGAUGAUACCUGUAGUUCACAGAACACAUUUUCUAGCCUACCACAUGAACAGGAUCAGUCUGCCAAAACCUCCGUUAGUGUUGGAAGCUUCCCUCCUGGUCAGGUAAGUACAAGUUCUGAAGACACGGCUGUUCCCCUAAAUUCUGGGGCUGAUGAUAGAGCAGAUACCAAGGUUACUACAGCCCAGGAGGAAUUACACAAGUCAGUGCAAGGCGAUGCACAAGCUGUUCAGAGCUUAGAUGGUGACAAUGCUGACCAGGUGUCUGCCACCUCCAGCACGAAUGAAUUUAGCUUCCGUAACAUGAAAAUCACCCUGGAGCCCAUUAAACCAACAGAGUCUCAGAGUUCUGCAUCUUUUACCAUGCUUGAUUCUCCCAAUUUAUCGGAGAAGUCUAAUUAUAGACUCCCACUCACACCCUCGCCUUCUCCUGUUCUAGCAUUGACAUCUUGGCUGGGGAGUGCAAGCCCUAAUGACUUCAAAUCUCCCAUAGUUGCCUCUCCUUCCAUUGAUUCUGCUGCGACUACUACUGAAUUUGAUCCAUCUUCAGAAAUGAAGUCUCCUUCUCAAGGGCCUUCUACUGCAAGUACCUUUUUCCCAGCUAGUCCAAAACUGCUUCUUGAAAUGGAUGAUGCUGGCUAUGGAGGUGGUCCUUGUUCUGCUGGAGCUACUGCUGUUUUAGAUUUUAUUGCAGAAGUUCUUUCCGAGUUUGUGACCGAGCAAAUGAAAGUAUCACAGAUUAUAGAGGGCAUAUUGGAAAGUGUUCCACUAUAUGUUGAUGCAGAUUCCAUGUUAGUAUUUCAGGGCUUGUGCCUUAGCAGACUGAUGAACUUUCUAGAGAGACGUCUCUUGCGUGAUGAUGAAGAAAAUGAGAAAAAGCUGGAUAAAAGUCGUUGGUCCUCAAAUUUGGAUUCAUUAUGCUGGAUGAUAGUAGAUCGUGCCUAUAUGGGCGCUUUUCCUCAACCCUCUGGUGUACUAAAGACGCUGGAGUUCUUAUUAUCUAUGCUACAAUUAGCAAAUAAAGAUGGGCGGAUUGAAGAAGCUACUCCCAGUGGAAAGAGUCUCUUAUCUAUUGGAAGAGGGAGCAGGCAACUUGAUGCUUAUGUACAUUCAAUUCUUAAAAAUACAAAUCGUAUGAUACUGUAUUGUUUUCUGCCAUCAUUUUUGUCUACAAUAGGAGAAGAUGAUCUCCUUUUGUGCUUAGGUUUGCUCAUCGAACCGAAGAAGAGACUGUCCUCUAACUCUUCAUAUGAUAAUUCAGGAAUUGAUAUCUACACAGUGUUACAGUUAUUAGUUGCUCACAGGCGAAUUCUAUUCUGUCCCAUCAAUAUGGAUACCGACAUAAACUGUUGUCUUUGUGUGAAUUUAAUAUCUCUGCUCCGAGACCAAAGGCAGAAUGUACAGAACGUGGCAGUUGAUAUUGUCAAGUAUCUCCUGGUGCAUCGCCGGGUAGCUCUAGAAGAUUUACUGGUCUCUAAACCAAACCAAGGGCACCAACUGGAUGUGCUACAUGGGGGAUUUGACAAGUUAUUGACUGAAAAUUUAUCUGCUUUCUUUGAGUGGCUUCAGAGUUCUGAACUGAUGGUGAAUAAAGUACUUGAGCAGUGUGCUGCCAUUAUGUGGGUACAGUAUAUUACUGGAUCAUCAAAAUUUCCCGGAGUGAGAAUUAAAGCUAUGGAAGGUCGUCGCAAGAGAGAAAUGGGGAGAAAAUCAAAGGAUACAUCAAAGUCAGAUCUAAAGCACUGGGAGCAGGUGAAUGAACGGAGAUAUGCACUGGAAUUGGUGCGCGAUGCAAUGUCCACCGAGCUGAGAGUUGUGCGUCAAGACAAGUAUGGGUGGGUUCUGCAUGCUGAGAGUGAGUGGCAAACACAUCUCCAACAACUUGUUCAUGAGCGGGGAAUAUUCCCAAUGCGAAAAUCCUCUGUUACUGAAGAUCCUGAUUGGCAACUUUGCCCAAUUGAAGGUCCAUACAGGAUGCGCAAAAAAUUUGAGCGCUGCAAAUUGAAAAUUGAUACUAUCCAAAACGUUCUUGAUGGACAAUUUGAAGUAGGGGCAGCAGAGCUGUCAAAAGAAAAAAAUGAGAACGAUUUGGAUGCUUCGGAUAAUGAUUCUGAAUCAUUCUUUCAACUUUUGACUGAUAGUGCCAAACAGAAUGGCCUUGAUGGUGAGCUGUAUGAUGGAUCAUUUUUUAAAGAACCAGAUAAUGUCAAAGGUGUUGCUUCUGUUAGGAAUGAAUGGAAUGAUGACAGAGCUAGUAGUAUCAAUGAAGCAAGUCUGCACUCUGCACUUGAGUUUGGUGUCAGGUCUAGUGCAGCGUCCGUGCCUCUUGAUGAUAGUGUACAAGAAAGAUCUGACCUAGGGUCCCCAAGGCAAUCUUCUUCUGCAAGAAUUGAUGAUGUCAAAGUUACAGAUGAUAAAUCAGACAAGGAACUUCAUGAUAAUGGUGAAUACCUGAUCAGACCUUAUCUGGAACCUUUUGAAAAGAUACGAUUUCGAUAUAACUGUGAACGAGUUGUGGGUCUUGACAAGCAUGAUGGUAUAUUUUUAAUAGGCGAGCUUUCUCUGUAUGUUAUUGAAAAUUUUUAUAUUGACGACUCCGGGUGCAUUUGUGAAAAGGAAUGCGAAGAUGAACUCUCUAUUAUUGAUCAGGCUCUGGGUGUAAAGAAAGAUGCUACAGGCUGUAUGGAUUUCCAAUCCAAGUCAACUUCGUCUUGGGGAGCAACUGUAAAGUCAGGGGUUGGGGGAAGAGCAUGGGCCUAUAACGGUGGUGCAUGGGGAAAGGAGAAAGUGUGUACUAGUGGUAAUCUACCUCAUCCUUGGAACAUGUGGAAACUCAACAGUGUUCAUGAGAUUCUGAAGCGUGAUUACCAGCUGCGUCCUGUUGCUGUUGAAAUUUUUAGCAUGGAUGGAUGUAAUGAUCUCCUGGUGUUCCACAAAAAAGAAAGGGAAGAAGUUUUCAAAAAUCUAGUAGCCAUGAAUCUUCCCAGGAAUAGCAUGUAA